UUGGAAAAUCUCUUUUGCAUGGGCUCCCCACUGGCAGUCUACCUCACAUUGCGAGGGGUUCGACCGGGCCAAACAGGGGCUCCGGACGCUAUUAUGUCGAGGUCAAAGUGUCCUCAUAUUUACAAUGUCUUCCAUCCUUCUGAUCCCGUGCUCCGUUGUGCUAAAACGUAG